AUGAGUAUGACUAGUCCAGAGUACAGCAUGGAUGCGAUAGGUCAGCCUAUGGCUGCGAAAGAAGAAGAGCAACCGCAGAUACUUCCAUAUCACGAUAUGACUCGGUCGAAGGCACCGGAAUGCUCGCCGACGACAACCAUAUUCAACUUCCCUUACCCACACUUCGCUUUGUUAUACAUCAACCGCAAUGGAGAGCUCGGUGUGGAGGCUUCGUCUUCUAUCGCAAGUUAUGAGAAAGCGAUCUUCACGCACGACGUUAAGGAGAGGUUUCUUAAAUCAGCCACGGUCGGAUGGCAGCCUGAUUUGCAAAGUUAUCAUACCAACUCCGUGGGUCACAUGGACGGCGAUGUCAAACCCUUCUUAUCAAACACUCCCUUUACUCUACAACAACAUCACCACCAUCAUCAAGCAGGCUGGUAUCAGCCCGAGUUAAUUCCUUGCGAGUGGCAGUCACUGCAGAACAAGCGUCAUAGGCGAAACCUCAGACGCGUGAGCUCCGAUGUCCAUCGUGAUUCGGACUCGGAUUCUCCUGGCGCCACGAUCAGGUGGACGGCACUUCGACUUGGGCAAAAGGAUCUUUUACGGACUUACUAUGAGAAAGCAUUUGAGAAUUUCCAACAGCUUAACUGCAGAGCAAUUGCAAAGGCCUUCGUCAAACUGGUCGAGCCCCGCAAGCAAGUCAACCACCCAUACAAUGGACGAAAGACCACUGCAGGGUCGUCUCAGCGAGUAGAUCCAGAAUUAACGAAGCCAAAAUGGUGGCCUACGGGUGUCACACAUAGGGAGCCCGAUCAUCUUCUGAAAGCUGAGCGAAUUCGGCUUCUUGUACAUAUUUUGUGCGAGUUGAAAGACAGCCAUGGGAUAACGGCAGAUAAGCUCAAAGAUGCCGGACAAGAUGUACGGCGACAGAUCAUGCCGGCAGAGCGUUUACGGGUAUUGGAUGAGAUUUACUAUGUUCGAGAGAUGGAAGAGCUCUACCUAGAUGGCAAAAUCAGCGGCGACACUAUUAUCCACGUCUCCCAUGUCCACCUGGCUGAAGCCGGUACUGACUCCGAGUUGCACGAGAAUUCACCCAGCGACUACUCCAAUCAACUGGUUAAUCCUGCUGUCAAGUCUAAGCGAGAUGCUUCCAACAUGUCCGAGAGUCAUAAGCCAGGCUACGAGAGCGAUGUACAUCCCUCCACCGAGCACAACCAGCCAGUAAGACAACCGCUGGGUCAAAUCUCCUGUGCUCCUUUAUCCCCACUUUCAACUCCCUCUAUUAGUCGAAAGAGUUCCUUGGAGAGUAGCUUAACGACAUAUUCUUCUGACCUGACUUCGUCUAUGUUGUCGUCCAAUGAGGCCAAUCGAGUAUAUGCAUCGAAAGACAUCAAUGCUACCGGGUCGUGUAUUCCAGGUUAUUUUGCCCAACAUAUCUCUCCACAGACUACUGGACAAAAUACUCAGACCGGAUUUUGGAACAAUAUCCCUCAGGGGCAUCAGUCGCUUGCGUUUCAAGGAUACUAA